CUUCAUCUUAACAGGAACGCAUUCUUGGCCCAGGGCAACACCUUCUCUGUUUUUUUGGCUCCUUGGGAAUCACAUCCAACCGCUCCUUCCUUCCCCUCCCCCUGAGCAGCAAUGGCCGGCAAGUUCGAGCCCAAGGUGCCCGUCCAACUGGACCCUCCAAAGGACGACCCCAUCUCCGUUGAGGAGUUGGCCAAGGCUAACGGUGAAAACGGAGGAAAGUGCUAUGUCGCCAUCAAGGGCAUCGUCUAUGACGUGACAGGGAACAAGGCCUAUCAACCAGGUGGCGCAUAUCAUGUAUUUGCCGGCAAAGACGCCUCGCAGGCCCUGGGCAAGACGUCGACAAAGGCGGAGGACGUGAGCCCGGAAUGGAAGCAUCUGUCCGACAAGGAGAAGUCGACCCUGAACGAUUGGGUCACCUUCUUUUCCAAGAGGUACAACGUUGUGGGGAGGGUAGAAGGUGCGACCAACUUUGAGUAAGAGUAUUGUGGAUCACGGUCGCUCUGAUGCUCCUGCUGGGAGAGGAGGGAACCCUUCUAUCAUCUUCUCUGGGAUUGGUGGUUUAUAUUGCUGCCAUUUUUGGUACAAUUCCACGGGCAGUUCGAUGCCGUCUGGUCGGCUCGACGGAUCUAUCAUGUGCGGAAGCCGGAUGGAAUAUCUCAGAAAGUUGUGAGUGUUGCCUGAGGGCGUGGUAUGUGGCAUUUCGAUUAUUAUACCGUGGCUGUCAUCGAGCUCGAUGGAACGUGUGUCUUGGUAUUGCUGGAAUCAGGUACGUUGCGCCGGGAUUCGGUCUCAGCGUUCCAUCUUACCGUGACCCGUUCACCCAAGUGUGAUGUAUAAGCGUAUUUCUUGACCGAAGCUGGCGAAGCAAAGUACUAGUACUAUGGUAUUAUAACUAAGGUAUGGUACUAUUGGCAGUGGCAAUGCAAGACUCCAUAUCAUGCUGAG